AUUAAGGUAAUCGCUUUCUCCCAUUUAGCUCUAGCCUUGUUCUCGAUCGAGGGAUUCUUUCCCACGCUUUGCCAGGGAUGCUACCCCGAAUUACUCCAGAGAAAUCGUUCAAGGAGAAGUAUGUGUCGCUGUGCGAGGAGAUCUUCUCCGGGAGGAGCCCGAUCCAAUUCGCGCGGGAUCGAGGAAUCCAGGGCCGCACUGCCCUAACCAGAUUCUGGGACGAGCUCCUCUUGCUCAAGGUGAACCAGGAAUUCCUGGCGCAAUGCGUCUCGAGCAGGACGGAGGAGGAGCUCCGGCAUGGAUUAAAGCCGAUUAUCAACGAAAUCUUUGCAGCUUGCGUGACGUAUCUAAGCGAUGAGAAUUUUAUCCGAGUCGCUCACGCGCUGGAGAGCCUCGCGGUUCUCACCAGAGAGAUUUUUCGAAAGCGAUUCAGCCAACAGGGUGUGACCAUUACAUUGUUGCUUGCUGGCUCGCCAGAUAACGCAGACACGUUUUUUCGACGAUUGAUCUCCAGCGUUGGAACUCUUCUGGCGAGAGACAAUGUUCCAGUUCUUGUGAAGUCCCUCGGGCUAAGGCUGUGCUUGACCAUCUUAACAGCCACGGACAACGUAAACUCCAAUCCCAUCACCAGCUAUUUCUUCUCCAACAACAUUCUCGACCACCUCGCCUCAACGUUGUCCGUCAAGCUCUCCGCGGAUAGAAAACGGCUGGAAGUUGAUGCGGUGUUGGUGCUCCUGCUGCUGCUUCUGUGGAGAGAAAGCGAGAACGCCUACGUUUCCAGGCUAGCAUCUCCGACAGCCCCUCUCCAAGUCCUGCUCCACACAACGGCGUCAAUGCUCUCGCAAUCGUCAAACUCCGAGAACAACUUACCAGCCUCUUCUCCAAGUUCCGCAUGGGAAUGGGACAGCAUGGUUGGAUACAUGAGCGGCUUGCUUGGUUUCACGAGCUCGGACUACCAUCCCAAUGGUGCUGCCAGGGAAAAGGACUGCGAUUCCAGGAGCUGUGGUCUUUUGCUGCUCUAUGUUCUUGUGUACCAUAGUCCAGCUUUCAAGUCCAACCAGAUCUGGCCAGCAGUGACGGAUGACCAGGCAGCUGUUGUCGGGGGUCAGUCUUUGUGUACGCUCUGGGCUGGCGUCUUCAAGACUUUCAUCGGCCUCUGCAGAGACGAGUUCCUGGUUGCAACCAUGUCCAGUCCAGAGAAAACUCUACGGGCGAAGCUGGCUCUGACGAUACUCCGGUGCAUUUUCGAGACCCCUGUAGCGUCUCACUACCUCUGGCACUGUGAUGCAGACUUGUCGCUGAAAAAAGGUCCUCCUGGCCAGCUUAUCUUCAAGAGCCUAUCUUGUGACUUGGUGGAGAAAGCAGCCAAUAUGUUGGCAGACGCUUCCAUUGAUCCAGAACUCACGUACCGAGCUGCCGUGUUGGUUCCACUCGCUCUCAAGACUGUGAAGGCCCAAGCCUGGCAGCUCCCAUCUUCAAGCUUGAAUUCGACGUCACUUUGGCAGGCUCUGGUCGCCUCCUGUGCCAGGUGUGGAAACUCCACCUUUUUUCAGAAGCCAGGAGGAGCUGAGGCAGCAGAACUGGUAGCAGGGAUCUUAGAGUGGUGCCUGGUCGUCAGCCAGGACAUUUUCGAAGGAACAGAGGAAACGGAGGCACUUCACGCGACAGUGAUGUCUAACAUCAACGCUCUCGAGCAGCUCUCGAAUGCGGCAGCAUCAUCUGGAAGUCCAGCACACAAAACUCAGCUGGUGAACGUAGCUGCUGUCAAGUAUCACUACGAGGUCCAGAUCGCUGCUCUCGGUGUUCGCGGCCAACCAAACUUCCAGCAAGCUCUCGCGGGAGUGAAGAAGAAGGGCGUGGCGAAUUUGAAGCUCAAGGCAAAACACGCCGGGCCUGGACGUGUGUACAUCGAGGGGACUCCCGAAACGCGCCUGUUAAACAGUCUCACAAAACUCAUACUCAGUGCUCACAGAAACAAAAUGCUUGUAAUUCCCAAGCUCGAGAACGAAGCAAUUUAGUAUCAAACCAAGCGUCCAACAAAUUUCUCCUA